CAAAAAAGUACAUUCCCCUAAACAAGCAGCAAGAUGUCUCAACUGCAGCCACUAAUCCAGCUCCAACAAACAGCAGAGUCCCUGAUGAACAUCCAGGAGAUGCAGUUCUGGCUGGAAAAAGCAGUGACUUGGGGCCAGGCUGACAGCCCAGACACUCAGAAAGACACCUGCCUGCACUUGAGCAGACUGAAGGAUUUCCUCCAGCAACUCCUCACACACAUCAACAACAUGAGCUCCACAACAGAAACCAUGAAGAGGCUGCCCUUCUUAGGCCAGUUUCUUGGCAGACUGUGCUGGAACCCUUAUGUCACUGCUGAUGCUACAAGCAGAAGGUUGUUGUUCCAGUGUCUGUGGGGACUGUACUCGGAGAAUCCAGGCAAUGCUGUGGAAAGAAAAGCCAACCAGUGGAUACGGAAAGUGUUUUGUCAGCUUGCUACAGAAGAAGACGAUGCUGCAGCGCAGGCAUUAAUGAAGCAUAUGGGUGUACCACCUGAAGAGUACCAUCUCAAAGUCCUUAGAAAGAUGGUGGCACUGAUGCAGGAAAACAUUGGGAAGAGUUGCAGUUCUAUCUGCAACAUAAAUCAGAGGUGUUCAUGUGACCGUAUUAAGGCCACAUCAGAGACUUGUGUUCCCCUGAUCACCUGUCCUGAGGCUGCUCCUCUUAUUGGUGUACUGCUGCAGCAGCCGGUGACUUGUGUCAGGGCAGCACUUAGUGAGGACUUCCUUGAUGCUCUGAGCUCUGCCUACUCCAGCCAAUGCUUGUCAUUGGAGGAGCAAGCAGUAGUCUCUCUGUGGUAUCACAAACUGUCCAGCCUGGAGGAAGCAGUGCUCAGUCUACUGGAGUGUGUUCUCGCAAACACAGGGUCAAUGCCACAGAAGCUAGAACAGCAACUGGCACAGUCGCUGCUGCCUAAAGCCUGUGCUCAGCACUGCUCCAUAUUCUUGGUUGUAAACGACAUCUUCAGGUCCAUCCUUAAGCAAGCUGACGGGGCCGAAUCUGUUAAGUAUCUUAUCCAAAGCUUUACCAGCUGUUUCCUCGGGGAACUGGCACUGCUGCAGCAUCAGACGAGUGUAUCUUUGAAGGCCUUGUUCCCACAGUCACCUCAGAGUCUGCUGGUUCCUCUCUUGACUCUGCCGUCAGAGAUGCCUCGGGAAGCUUGGAGACAUCACCUGAACUGGCUCAGCGGCUCAUUACAGAGACUGACAGAGGAGGAAGAGGAGGGAGAUGGAGACAGCAUCAGUAGCACCAGGGGGCACCACAAACUCUUCGAGGCCUGGUUUCUGCUGGUUCAAUGUGCCCAAUGGGUGCAAGUGGCUGUCCAGCUGCUGGUGACAUCGGGGCCUGAGGACUGUGGGCCCCUCCUGUGGCUGCUGACCUUCUACCACCACCCCACUAACAGGGGGCAUCACAGAGCACUACAGCUGGUGCAUGCGAGAGAAGCAUGGGACCACCUACACUCCCUUUUCUUGGCCUUAUCCCGUCCUCUUCCUGCUGACCACCUGCAGUCACUGGUCACUCUGUUGUCACCACAACCUCAGCGACCAGCCCUGUCUCCUCUAUUGAUCCUCAACCUCUUGGUCAACUUUGCCGUUUUCUUCCAACAAUCGCUGAGUGGAUCAACAGAGAUUUUACAGACGGUGAGGAAACGGUCUGGUCUGGUCGAUGAAGCAAUGUGUGUUCUCAACUCACUGGAGCUCAGACUAAACGGAGGAAGCUGCAUAUCAAGCGACACUAACAGACUUCAUCUCAGGAUCAAGGCCCUUCAAAACACACUAACGCAUAGGCGCGAAGCAUUGUGCCCUGCUGAGAACCAAGCACACGCACUUGCACGCUCUAAAACAGGUGGGAGUACAUACCCACACACAAACGCAUAAAUGCACAUAACCAUACAGCAGUGAGUUCAUCCUUAGCUCAGGGGUUUUUCAGGGCACCUUUGCAGAAUGACAAAUAGCCAUGCUCUUGUGUAGAUAUGCUGCGGCACAAUGACAGGAGUGUGUCAAAACAGCACGGCGACAACAGAUUAUGUGGAGAGGCUGCAAUUAUACACACACACACACAUAACACAACUACAAGGCCCACAAGGACACUUGAGCAGUGACAGAUCACACUGCAAAGAAGCAGCAGCUCGUACAAUGCGUCCGAGUCCUCCCACUCAUAUAAUUGUGUGACAAUAUAAAUCCUUCACACUACACAUGCUGACUGAAAGGCAUUUAGGUUGAAGGACAGGACAACCAAACACCAGUCAUUUUUGUAUCAUUACUAUUUGUGCCAACAUAUAUUUAUAUACAAACAUUCAGACAGCACCGGGUAUAUAAUAACAUGUAAAUAAUUAAAUGUGAUGUGACUUCUUUUUCUAUGUACAUUUUCUAUUGCUUUAUAAUUUAUUUACAUCCCUGCUGAUGUUUCUACAUGUUUUUUUAUGACUGAUGCUGGAGGUGGACAGAAAUACAAAAA